GGUAAGAAAGACAUGCUGCAGUGGAUACAGAUGGAACGAGGAAGUGUUUGAUUGCAUACCGUGUAGGAACGGAUAUUAUGGAAGAAAUUGUACCUUGAGAUGCUCUUAUCCAUAUUUUGGGAAAGAUUGUCGGCAAAUUUGCAACUGUUCUCCAAGUGAUUGUAAUCAUGAACACGGCUGUAAAAUGUUACCCGAGGAUUGCGAUUUAGGAUACACUGGGUCCUACUGUGAAUUUCCAUGUCGCUAUCCUGCAUAUGGAUAUUCAUGUCAGGAGUUCUGCAACUGUGAAGAAAAAAACUGUAAUCCUUCAACUGGAUGUGAAGUUGGAUCGCCAACAUUUGAACCAGCCUCCAAAUCAACAACCAAGAAAUCAACGAAUACAUUAUUAUCAACAACUACAG